AUUGCAUAAAAAAAAAGUAGCCUAUAAAGGAAUAGGGUUUAAUGUCACGUUGGGUCAUAUGAUAUUAACCUAUUCCGGGCGUAUCUACAUCUCUGAUGAGUCUUUUAGCUGACAGCCCGAUAUCGAUCGAUUGAUAGACGGGUUAUUGAUCACUCCUCCUAGAUUAAUCCAACGUAGCGCUGACUGUUAAAUCAAACGGUGGUCGUUAAUAACGGGGUUUCUCUGCGGGGGUCUGGGUCUGGCUGGUUGACGUGGUGCUGUGACGACGCGAUGGAUGGAGGAUGGAGGGCUCUGCUGGCGGGAGAGGCUCAGACGUCCACCCUCUGCGUCUCUAACGCAACCAGCGGAGACGGAAAGACUCUUCCUCCUCUUCAUCAUCCUCUUCCUCUGCUUCUUCUGCUUCACUUUGCUUCUUGCGAAAAGAGAUGAGGACGCGGAUCUCUGGUUCCUGAGCCCUUCGUGACACACGGAGGAACAGACCGGUCGCGUAGCCUGAUUAUCUUGGAUUGAUAUUUGGGGAGGAAGCGAGGAGGGGGAGGCAGGCAUGGCAGGCGCUAAACUCACUCCGUCGCCCUCGGAGAUAGACCCAGACGUCAAGACCGAGGUGCAAAAGACCCCCCCGGAGCCCACCUGGGUAAACCCGUCGAUGGCGGCCCGGACCAUGGGUUCCUUCGGGAGCGAUACGGGCCAGAGGUAUCAAGAGGAGUACAGCAUGGACUCCACCAACGCCCAGGUGCAGGUGGAGUUCUAUGUGAAUGAAAAUACCUUCAAGGAGAGGCUGAAGCUGUUCUUCAUCAAGAACCAAAGAUCAAGCUUGAGGAUCCGACUGUUCAACCUGUCCCUGAAGCUGCUCACCUGCGCCCUGUACGUCCUGAGGGUCUACCUGGAGGAGUCUCCGCCCGACGGUGAGACCAGUGCGAACUGCACAAACAGCAGUCUGAGCAGUUCGGACGACUCUCCGGAAAUCAAGUGGGAGUUGAUCUUCUGGGUGAAAAGAAGGACCCCAGUGUGGGGGAUACAGGUGACCGUGGCCUUAAUCAGCUUCCUGGAGACCAUGUUGAUCACAUACCUCAGCUACAAGGGGAACAUUUGGGAGCAGAUCUUCCAGAUGUCCUUCAUACUGGAGAUGAUCAACACGGUGCCAUUCAUAAUCACAAUCUUCCACUAUCCACUGAGGAACAUAUUCGUUCCCGUGUUCCUCAACUGCUGGUUGGCCAAGUGCGCCCUGGAGAACAUGAUAAACGACCUGCACCGGGCCAUUCAGAGGACGCACUCCGCCAUGUUCAACCAGGUGCUCAUCCUCAUCUGCACCCUGCUGUGUCUGGUGUUCACCGGGGCCUGUGGCAUCCAGCACCUGGAGCGGGCGGGGAAGCACCUGUCCCUGUUCAAGUCCUUCUACUUCUGUAUCGUCACCUUCUCCACUGUGGGCUACGGAGACGUCACCCCCCAGAUCUGGCCCUCGCAGCUGCUCGUGGUCUUCCUCAUCUGUGUGGCGCUGGUGGUGCUCCCUCUGCAGUUCGAGGAGCUGGCCUACCUGUGGAUGGAGCGGCAGAAGUCGGGGGGGAACUACAGCCGGCACCGCGCCCAGACGGAGAAGCACGUGGUGCUGUGCGUCAGCUCUCUGAAGAUAGACCUGCUCAUGGACUUCCUCAACGAGUUCUACGCCCACCCCAGGCUGCAGGACUACUACGUGGUGAUCCUGUGCCCUACGGAGAUCGACAUCCAGGUGCGGCGCAUCCUGCAGAUCCCGCUGUGGUCCCAGAGGGUCAUCUACCUGCAGGGCUCCGCUCUCAAGGACCAGGACCUCAUGAGGGCCAAGAUGGACGAUGCAGAGGCUUGCUUCAUCCUGAGCAGCAGGAAUGAAGUGGACCGCACAGCUGCAGACCACCAGACUAUCUUGAGAGCUUGGGCAGUGAAGGACUUUGCUCCAAACUGUCCUCUCUACGUCCAGAUCCUCAAACCGGAGAACAAGUUCCAUGUGAAAUUUGCGGACCACGUGGUGUGUGAGGAGGAGUUCAAGUACGCCAUGCUGGCACUGAACUGCGUGUGUCCCGCCACGUCCACGCUGGUGACCCUGCUGGUGCACACCUCGCGCGGACACUGGCCAGGACAGCUGGAGGGCGCCAGCUGUGGAGAAGACGGCUGGCUGGUUGUUAAGAGCACAUUGGCGACCGCUUAUGGAACAGUGGCCAUCGAUCUGCAGAACCCUGACCCCCCCGAGGACACCAGCAAGCUGGCGCCCCCCACGGAGAACUGGUGGUGGGGGGGGGGCAGCCGACGGCCCAGCAUAGCCCCCGUGCUGGAGAUCGCAGACUCCUCCGCCAUCCUGCCCUGCGACAUGCUCAGCGACCAGCUGGAGGACGAGACCAACCAAUCGGACGAGGAGGGCUCCGUGGGCUCGGACUUUGUGAAGGGCUACCCCCCCAACUCCCCUUACAUCGGGAGCUCCCCCACCCUGUGCCACCUGCUGCCCCAGAAGGCCUCGUUCUGCUGCCUGCGUCUGGACAGGGGCUGUACUCACAGUAGCUUCGAGGACGCCAAGGCCUACGGCUUCAAGAACAAGCUGAUCAUCGUGUCGGCGGAGACGGCGGGGAACGGCCUGUACAACUUCAUCGUCCCCCUGAGGGCGUACUACCGCCCCCGCAAGGAGCUCAACCCCAUCGUACUGCUGCUGGACUACCCGCCAGAUAACCACUUCCUGGAGGCCAUCUGCUGCUUCCCAAUGGUGUACUUCAUGGCGGGCACCAUCGAUAACCUGGACAACCUCCUCCAGUGUGGGAUCAUCUACGCUGACAACCUGGUGGUGGUGGACAAGGAGAGCACCAUGAGCGCUGAGGAGGACUACAUGGCCGACGCCAAGACUAUCGUCAACGUGCAGACCAUGUUCAGAUUGUUCCCCAGCCUCAGCAUCAUCACAGAGCUCACCCACCCCUCCAACAUGCGCUUCAUGCAGUUCCGGGCGAAGGACUGCUACUCGCUGGCUCUGUCCAAGCUGGAGAAGAUCGAGCGUGAUAAGGGCUCCAACCUGGCCUUCAUGUUCCGCCUGCCCUUCGCCGCCGGGCGGGUGUUCAGCAUCAGCAUGCUGGACACCCUGCUGUACCAGUCGUUUGUCAAGGACUACAUGAUCCCCAUCGCCCGGCUGCUGCUGGGGCUGGACACCACGCCCGGGUCCGGGUACCUGUGUGUGAUGAAGGUGACGGAGGAGGACCUGUGGAUCCGGACCUACGGCCGUCUGUUCCAGAAGUUGUGCUCCUCCAGCGCUGAGAUCCCCAUCGGGAUCUACCGCACAGAGUCACACAUGUUCUCCACCUCCGAGAACAGAGGUCGCUUCCCGAAGUCCGAGGUGUCCAUCAACGUGGAGGCGGGCACGGAGCCGCGGCCCUCCGGCGACAGCUGGAAGGAGAAGACGGCGCACCGCAACUCCACCACCAGCGAGCAGUCGGAGCACACGCUGCUGCGCAGGAAGAGCAAGCAGUGGGCGCGGCGCCUCAGCAGGAAGACGCCCAAGCCGGCCAGCCGCGCCGAGCGCAUCUCCCAGCAGCGGCUCAGCCUGUACCGCCGCUCCGAGAGGCAGGAGCUGUCGGAGCUGGUGAAGAACCGCAUGAAGCACCUGGGCCUGCCCACCGUGGGCUACGAGGAUGUGUCUAACCUUACUGCGAGCGAUGUCAUGAACAGGGUAAAUCUAGGAUAUUUGCAAGAGUUGCAGGCCAUUUCAGAACACCCAUACACAGAGAGGACCCGAGCGCCAGAUGAGAUGAACGACCACCAGAACACGCUGUCCUACGUGCUCAUCAACCCUCCUCCGGACACCCAGCUGGAGCUGAACGACAUCGUGUACAUCAUCCGGUCCGACCCGCUGGCCCACAUGCCGGACGAGACCCCGGUGGGCCCGGCCCCGGGGACCAGGAACCAGCAGGAGUUCUGCACCGAGACCAGAGACGAGACCCACCUCUGAGCCGUCAGACCCCCACACCCCCCCCCCCCCCCCAACCCCGGGGCCCCGCUCAGACGGAGACGCCACGGAGAGAACACGACGCUGAAGCGCAGGUCCCGGACACUUUGGCUUUGUUCCCCAUCCCAGAUUGAGGCGGGGCGACCCCUUGGAGGAAGGCGUGUUCUUGGAUUCUGGCCUUAAAGCACGAGGAGUCGCGUGUGUGCGCGUGUCGGUGUGUCGGUGUGUGUGUGGUGGUGAGACGUCGAUGUAACUGAGCUGCUAGUGAAGGAUGAAGAGUGCCUCGUCAUCAUCACCACCCCGUUCCUUUUGACUCUCGAAAAAAAGUCUAAAUUACGCACCUUGACCGGUUGAUCAGUCACUCACCUGGUGACCCACCUCAGUCAUGUUACAUUCUCUCCACCUCCGCCCCUCGCUCCUAAAGGAGAACCAGACAGGUUGUUUUGCAUUGAUGGCUCCCCAGAGGUUAGACACAUGCUAAUGGACAACCCCUAAUGGGCCAACAUGCUACUGUGGGCACAUGAACCUGUAAUGGGCCCACAGAGAGGUUCAACACAUGCCACUGCGGGCUUAUUAACCCCU